AUGAAGCGCCAGCGAACGGAUGGUCAUCCUUCGCCGACCAACAAAAAGAGGGAGACCGAAUCUCGAUCCCAUCAUGACUACACCGUGGGCUGGAUCUGUGCGCUACCGAAGGAGUAUGUUGCAGCUGUAGCAAUGCUGGAUGAAAGGCACCCAGACCUUCCCAGAACUCCUAACGACCACAAUACCUACACUCUUGGGCACAUAGAAGUGAUACGAGAAGCCAACGAUGUGACUCGAUAUUUGGGCAAGCACAACAUUGUCGUCGCAUGUUUGCCCAAAGGUAACGUUGGCACCAACAAUGCAGCGACGGUCGCAACUCGGAUGACCUCCACUUUCCCAUCCAUCAAAUUUGGUCUGAUGGUCGGUAUUGGAGGCGGGGUGCCAAAUUCCGUCAGGCUAGGCGAUGUUGUAGUUAGCACUCCUGGACAAAUAUAUGGCGGAGUCGUUCAGUGGGACUUUGGGAAAGCCAACCAAGGAGACAACAAUUUCGAACGCACAGGGUCACUGAACAGUCCUCCCAAAGAGCUUCUUUCUGCCCUGAGCACGAUUGAGAGGGAGCAUGAAAUGACUGGCUCGAGGAUACCAGAGUACUUGGAUGACCUGAAGAUCAGAUGGCCCAAACUGGCGCCAAAAUAUUGCCGAUCUGAUUCAUUGAAAGAUGUCCUCUUCAAGGCAGAUUGCGAACAUAUUGACAAUCCCAGCGCCGAAGAGGAUAAGGACAAUGGCGAGGAAGAUGAAGAUGAAGAGGAGGAGGAGGAGGAGGGAGAGUCUUGCAUGUACUGCGAUCAAAGCAAUAUCCUACGCAGAAAGCCACGGUCCAUGCGGGUGCAUUAUGGCCUCAUUGCAUCUGGCAACCGGGUUGUCAAAGAUGCGCUGUUUCGGAAUGAAGUCAACAAGGAACUUGGCGGCAAGGUUCUCUGCUUUGAGAUGGAGGCGGCAGGCUUGAUGAAUGAUUUUCCGUGCCUUGUCAUCCGAGGAAUCUGUGACUAUGCAGAUGCGCAUAAGAACAAGAAAUGGCAGAGACAUGCAGCUGCUGUUGCAGCAGCAUUUACCAAGGAGCUUCUUACAUUUGUGCCAGUGCAGGAGGUGGAGCAGAUGCCUGCAAUCAAAGAUUUGCAAAGCCGGCUUCAAAAAGUAUCCAAUACUGUCGAUGAAAUUCGCCUUCAUCAACAUGACCACCAACGGGAUCAAGAAUUUCAGACUGUCCUUGACUGGCUCUCUCCUGUCAAUUAUGCUGCACAGCAAAAUGACUCCAUUUCCCAGAGGCAAGAAGGCACUAGUGAGUGGGUACUAAACUCAAGAGAGUUCAAGGGUUGGCUUGAGCAAUCCAAUCACACUUUGUUCUGUCCAGGUAUACCAGGAUCAGGAAAGACUAUCAUCACAUCCACGGUGGUCCGUCACAUCCAAGACAAGUUUCGAGAUGACCGCUCUGUCGGUAUAGCAUAUGUCUAUUGCACUUUCAAGCAACGGGAAGAACAAAAACCAGUUGAUCUGAUGGCAAAUAUCUUGAAGCAGCUCGCCAUGAGACAAGAUGUUUUGCCGUCAGCUCUUGAGAGCCUGUACCGCCGACUCAAAUCGUUGCAAGCCCGUCCAUCGCUAAUUGAGCUCAGAACUACACUUCGUGGCGUCGCAUCACUCUACUCGAAGACUUUCAUCAUCAUCGAUGCAUUGGAUGAAUGCAGAACCGUCGGUGAUGAUCUUGAUACAUUUGUUCAAGAGAUCUUUGCCUUCCAGGAUGGUGUCAAAGCGAACCUGUUUGCCACAUCACGAAAGAUCGAACAAAUUGAGUCUAAAUUUCAAGCAGCCACUAAGAUUGAGAUUCGCGCCAACGAUGAAGAUGUGAAGAAAUAUUUGGAUAAAAGAUUGCAGGACUCCCAAUCUUUGAGUUCCCAAGGCGCUCCUUUGAAACAAAAUAUAAAAGAUACGAUUUCCAAGGCAGUCGAUGGGAUGUUUCUUCUCGCACGACUUUAUAUCGAUUCUUUGGCCUGCAAGAUCACACCCAAAGCUAUCAAGCAGACGCUUCGAGAGUUAGAUACUAUGUCUCAGGCAAACAAUGACGAUGCACGGUCAAAAGUACUAGACAAUGCCUACGAGGGUGCCAUGGAACGAAUACAAAACCAGGUCAAAGACCGCCGGGACCUUGCUUUACAAGUGCUAUUGUGGAUUUCCUGUGCAGAACGACGUCUGACAUCAACUGAGCUUCAGCACGCCAUUGGCGUCGAGGAAAAUACAUCCGAGUUUGAUAAUGAGAACAUUUCGGAUAUCGGGCUCAUUGUUUCCACAUCCGCCGGACUGGUGAUCGUUGACAAAGAGAGUGAUAUCAUACGUUUGGUCCACCACACCACACAGGAAUAUUUCCAACGAACCUCACAACGCUGGUUUCCGGAGGCGCAUCUUCAGAUGACGAAGGUCUGCAUUGUUUACUUGCGGUUUGAAGACUUCAAGUCAGGAGAAUGUGACGACAAGUGGACUUACGAAGAAAGAUUGCGCUUACAUCCGUUCUAUGAGUAUGCAUCAACAGAAUGGGGAUACCACGCCGCAAAAUCCGCUCUUGCUCAAGAACUGGCAAUCGAAUUAUUCAAAGAUACUGCCAAAAUCGCCGCCUGUACCCAGGUUAUGAGAUCCCGCUAUGGGACUUUUUACUCAGAUCCUAGCAAAAUGACAGGACUGCACCUUUCAGCAUGGUUUGGACUCUAUGAAACUGCAUCUCUGUUGCUCGACAUGAGAAACAUUGUUGGAUCUCAGAUUUCUCCACCACCUCCGGAGUUCUCGGCAAAUGACAUCAACAUUGAAUGUCGGGAUCAUCUUCAGCAGACACCGCUCCAUUAUGCGGCUUUUUGGGGAUAUGAGGCAGUAGUAAAGCUGCUGCUUGUGAAUGGUGCGGAAAUUGAAUCCCGGGAUUAUAUUCAGCAGACCCCUUUCUGUGGCGCCGCCAACAAUGGAAAGGAGGCAGUGGUAAAGCUACUGCUUGAGAAUGGUGCGCAAAUUGACACCCGAGACUCGAAUAAUCGGACUCCGCUCUCUCACGCAGCUGAGAGUGGACAUGAUUUUGGGGUAAAACUGCUACUUGAACAUAACGCCGAUAUCAAGUCCCGGGAUAUGUAUAACCAGACCCCGCUCUUUCAUGCGGCCAUCAGUGGACAAGAGGAAGUGGUACAGUUACUGCUUGCGAGAAAUGCUUCUCUUGAAUGCCGAGAUACACAUAACCAGACCCCGCUCACACGCGCGGCCGAGAAUGGACAUGAUGCAAUGGUAAAGCUGUUGCUUGCAAAUAACGCUGAAACCGAAACCCGUGAUAUAAAUGGCCGAACGCCGCUCGCCUAUGCAUCCGAGAAUGGACAUCAAUCAGUGGUAAACCUGUUGCUUGAACAAAAUUCUGACACCGAAUCGAGGGAUAAGAAUGGCCAGACCGCGCUCUCUCUCGCGGCUGAGAAUGGACAUGAGACAGUAGUAAAACUACUGCUAGAACACAAUGGUCAAAUUGAAUCCCAGGAUAAGAAUAACCAGGUCCCGCUUGAUUAUGCAGCUUGGAACGGGCAUACAACAGUGAUAAAGCUGUUAUUGGCACACGGCGCUAAAUCUGACCACCGGGAUAAUCAGGACCGGACCCCGCUCCAUUCUGCGGCCGAGAAUGGACAUGAGGCGGUGGUGGAGUUGCUACUCGAGCAGCACAACAUGAAUCCCGAUUAUCAGGAUAAUGAGGGUUGGAUUCCGCUCCAUUCUGCGGCUUCCCAUGGGCAUGAGGCGGUGGUUAAGUUGCUGCUUGAAUAUGGUGCUGAAAUCGACUGCCGGAAUAUGGACGGUUUGACCCCACUCCAUUCUGCGGCUGACUGUGGACAUGUGGCGGCGAUGAAGCUGCUACUCGAGCAGCAUAACAUUCAGCCCGAUUAUCAGGAUAAUAAAGGUUGGAUCCCGCUCCAUUUUGCGGCCCAGGAUGGACAUGAGGCGGUGGUUAAGCUGCUGCUUGAACAUGGUGCUAAAAUUGACUGCCGGAAUAUGGACGGUAUGACCCCACUCCAUUUUGCGACACAAUAUGGACAUGAGGCGGUGGUGAAGUUGCUACUUUGCCGUGAUGCUGAAAUUGAUUGCCGGACUAUGGACGGUUUGACCCCACUCCAUCUUGCGACCCAGCAUGGACAUGAGGCGGUGGUGAAGUUGCUACUUGGCCGUGAUGCUGAAAUUGAUUGCCCCAGCAAUACCGGCUGUACCCCGCUCCAUCUUGCGGCUGAGUGGGGGUGUGUGGCAGAGGCGAAGCUCCUGCUUGAGUAUAACGCAGAUGUUGAAGUCACAAACAGUGAUGGUAUGACACCACUCUCGGUCGUCAAGAAGCUCUCGCUUGCUGGGGAGAAGACGGAGGGUUGGGAAGGUUGGGACGGUGUGAUUGAGCUGUUGCUUCAAAGGGCGUCGCGAGGCUCAUAA